AGUAGCCUCUUCGCUCGGAGUAUGAUCUGCGCCAGUAUUGAAAGAAAUUGUAUCCCUAGCGGAUCGAAUCGGACAGUUGAUCCGCGGAAGACGUUUUACUUUACUUUUACCUCUCGCUUAAAUCCAAGCACGAAUGUCGGAUUCCAUCGAAAUGGCGACCGUCAGGAACGACAUCGAGAGCGUAACGAAUGGAGAUGCGAAGGCGAAGGUCAACCAGAGGGACAAAAGACCCCGCAAAUCGUACCGGUGUGUAACGCUUGUGAUCCUGCUGGUGUUGUUCCUGAUUGCGGUUGGUGUUGUAGGGAUCCUGUACUUUGAACGCAGCAUAAGUCAGUCUGAUUUAGGGACUGCUCAGCCGGACGGCCCGUUUCCGAUCUUCCCGGAACCGUAUCCCACGGAAGAGGAUGAUGGAAUAAUCUAUAUAGACGUUGAUGAGAGCACGGGUCGUGCAGAGGACGCCGAUACGACAGUUACGACGUAUGAAGGUAACGACGAUGAUGACUACGAUAAUGGAAGUGGCUCUGGCAGUGGGCAUGGUGUGGACUCCCAUUAGUAGUUCGGAAAUUCUGAAGUAUCGAAAGUGUACGAUAGUGAGCAAGUCACGAGAAGUUUUCACAUUUCAAGCUGAAUGAGUGGUACGCGGCAAGAAAGAGGAUUGAUAAGUGCGACUAAAAAAAGUUCUAUUGUGAAAAUGUAGGUUAAGUGCAGUAUUUAUUUCUCGGGCCAAAAAUCGGAACAGGAGAUGAAGUGAAUUGAGACUAUUGCGCGUUUGUUGUUUCAUUGACAUCCUCUCAGAGUCCAUCCUGUCUUUGCGAUCAAAGCCAGAAUUGUUUGAGUUCUUACACAUCGCGGUGAACAAAGGUUACGUACCGUUAUCGCAGACCUUGAAUGGCUUAAUCAAACGGAUUUGAAUAGUCCUCAAGUUCGAAUGGUGCUGGUUUCAACGAAUGUACGAACAUUGAUUAAGUUUAGGUCACUCUGGAAGUGUUUAGCGUGUAUAGAUAUUUAUAAAUAUAUCAACAAUAUAUUAAUGUAA